GCUGCGCUGGAACACCAAAACAACCAACCCUUCUUCCUCCCGCCCUCAUACCCUCCUGCGACGCUGUUUGCCGCGCCGCGGGUGCCUCGCCGUUGUCUGUCGCUUGUUCUCGCACGUCGUCACUGUCACUGCUCGGCGAACGACCGCAUAUCAGCUCCGGCACCCUGGUCCGGAACAGCUGCACACCUUGAACACCUCAACCGGCCCAUUUCAACUUAUUCUUGCCUGGCCUUGAGCUACUUCUACUCUUUCCUGUUCUUUUCUUCUUUCAGCUUCAACUUGAGCUUCACACAUAAUUAGCCACUAUGGAUACCUUACUCACAGCAGAAAUCUACGCCAACUCACCCCGCUUCAGGCGGCGGUCGAGUACGUUCGUAGAUGCCAUCCAUGACCUGCCUGCAAAGGAAGAGAUGGCGCCAGCUCAAUUGUACAGCACAGAAUCUGGUCGUCUUUUCCACUCUGGACGUAUUGUGAUCGCUACUGUCGGACUACCGGCUCGGGGAAAGACACACACCUCGGUUGCUGUAGCCCGCUACCUGCGCUGGUUGGGUGUCAAGACGCACGUGUUUCACUUGGGCGACUACCGUCGCGCUACUCUUGGCCCUGAUCAAGACGUGCCUGAGGAUUACUUCUUCCUCAACGCAACACCGCAAUCCGUACUGCUGCGAAACAAGAUCCUGAAGAAGUGCCGUGACGACAUCUACCACUUCCUCGAGAACGAGAAAGGCCAGGUUGCCAUCUAUGAUGCAGUAAAUGCUAUCAGUCAAGGUCGAAGAUCACUGGCCAAGGAAUUCGCAAAAAAAGGAAUCCAGACAGUCUUCAUCGAGUCGCAAUGCACAGACGAGCGUAUCAUUCAGGAGAAUGUUCGCCGAGUCAAAAUUUCAUCCCCAGACUACAAGGGGUGGAACGACGAGGAUGCCGUUCGAGACUACCUGGCGAGGAUCAAUUCGAGGAUACCGCAUUUUGAAACCAUGGAAGAGCAGGAUCUUCACUGGAUCAAGAUGAUCAACGCGGGCGAGAGAGUCCAUGUGAACAACUGCGCCUUCGGCUACCUGUCCCAACGAAUCGUCUUCUACCUACUCAACCUGCAUAUUAAGUCUCGGCAGACGUAUUUUGCGCGCGCCGGUACCACACGAGAGGAGGAUUCCUACAAGGCCGACGCAGAACUAUCGCCCGCAGGACACGAGUACUCCAAGAAGAUGAGCGAUGUACUGUUGAGAUAUCGUGAGGGGGAGAGGCAGAGGUUGAUAGACCAGGGGGCGCCGGACGCCUCCUUGAAGCCGUUGACGAUAUGGACGUCUACCCGCCGACGUACUGUGCAAACUUCAGAGUACCUAGCAUCGAUGGGCUACCGUGUCAGGCAGCGAUCACAGAUGAGCCAAAUGAACCCUGGAGUUUGCGAGAAGAUGUCAGAGCGCAGGAUCAGGGAAGAGUUACCUGACGAAGUUACCAAGCACGAGGCAGACCCCUAUCACCACAGGUACCCACGGGCGGAGUCCUACCACGAUCUUGCCGUGCGCAUGGAGCCCAUCAUCCUUGAGCUCGAGCGCGAAGAGAACGAUUUGCUUAUCAUUGCGCACGAGUCGGUCCUACGCGUGCUGUAUGGGUAUCUCAUGGCAUGCAAUGCAGCCGACAUUCCGAAGCUCGAGUUCCCGCGUGAUGAGAUUAUUGAGAUCAUUCCCUCGAGCUACAACAAUGUCGCAAAACGCAUAAAGAUUCCCAACCUCCCAGAAAGCAUGGUUCCUGGUAGCCCGGAGGACAUCAAGAUUCCUGUGCCUCCUAGCGGAGCGGUAAGCCCCUUCUCUGGGAUAGGCACACCCAAUGUCAAGUCUGGAACAGCGACACCUCAGCACUCGUCUGCUCAGCCACUCAAUCUGAAAUCAUCCCACGUUAACCCACUAGAAUAAGCAGGUCCGCUACCGCUACCGAUACAACUCCACGUUCGACAAUGAGAGAGCAAGUCAACAGACCGAUUUCGAGUCGAGCCUCGACGGGUGAUGUUGCUUGUGCAUGGUGAUUAUGCUCUACAAUGCUGGUAUCUGGCUUUUGUGUACAUGACUGGAACGUAUAGACUGUACAUACGGUCGUGGUCUGUCGAUAUUCUUACGAAUGCACGGUCUUAUUCAAGAACAUUGAGUUUUCGACAUGACUCGUGGUUUCAAUCGGUU